AUGGCCACCGCAAUCCCCACCCCGAUGGCGCCCUCGACGGCGAACUGGCACUGGAAGAACAAGACGGUCACGCCCUGGGCGAAGCAGUGGUUCGACCGCGAGCUCACCGCACUGCGCGUCAGCGGGGAGGGUAGCGAGGAGGUGCGCAUCGACCGCGUCGUGGAGGUCGAUGGCGACGUGGAGCUCGGGCAGAGGAAGAGCAAGCUGAUCACGAUUUAUGACUGUCGGGUUGUCAUGAACUGGGCAGGUACUGCGUCCGAUGGAACGGAGGUGUCGGGCAAGCUUACCAUUCCUGAGGUCUCUCACGAGAUCACCCUGGACGGCACCUCGGACUACGUCUACGAAUGGAGCGUGAACACCGCGCGUUCCCCGGCGGUCGACAAGCUCUUCCAGGUUGCAAAGGCGAAGCUCGCUACCGCGCUCGAAGCCAAGUUCGCCGAGUUCCCGUCGGCGAUCAUCGAAAUGCACGGCAAGGAUCUGACGAUCUCUGCGAACGGGUCGCGUCAAGGCACCCCCGGACCGUCCUCCACCUCCACCACUCCUGCACCUACCACAAGUUCUACGUCGAAGGCUGCUCCUGCGAAGAAGGUGCCCGAGAAGGCAAACAACACGACGACGGUGUCGGUGGAUGCGCACUUCAUGGCGCCUGCUGAAGAUUUGUUCUCGCUGCUCACGGAUGAAAAAAGGAUACCGAUGUGGACUCGCGCUCCAGCUCAGAGCACGCCAACCCCAGGUUCGGAGUACUCGAUGUUUGGUGGAGGUUUGAAGGGCAAGUUCGUGUCGCUUUCGUCGCCGAAGGAGUUUGUGCAAUCCUGGGCCCUGUCGAGUCCAUCUUGGCCGUCAGAUCACUUUGCCACGCUCACCACUACGCUGGACCAAGGUAACGACUCCACGAAGGUGACUUGGUUCCUUGAGGGUGUCCCCCUUGGAAUGGAGGAGGAGAUUCAAAAGAACAUCCAGGGUUACUAG